AUGGUGGACAAGUUCAAGGCGGGGAAGAAGAUGUUCGACACCUUCUUGGGGCCGGUCGUAAAGUUCGACAAGGCGCUGAGCAAAACGCAUAAGGUUUGCGUCCCACUAUUCGGAUGCUAUUCCUUUACAAUGCAGAAGUUGCUUGAAGCACUCGAUGGCUUCUUGCGGGAUAUCUUCGGCUUCGCCCUGACACCCUUUGAGAAGCUGGUUGAUCAAGUCACGGCGCCAAUCAUGGCCCCGAUCAACAAGGGAGUCCACGACAGCCUUCCUGACCUUGCUCCCGAUGUUCUCGACACCGACAUCGACGUCAAAGUAGAGGAUGGCGAAGACGAAGACAGCGACAUGGGACAGCUUCUCCAGAACGGCUUUGAAGGCAAGCUGGAGAACCUCACGACGCACACCGAGAAGGCAGCUGGCUUUUGCUUCGCCUACGGCGCUUCCAUCCAAGUCGAUGAUGCCAUUUGCACGGAUCUCGCAGCUGCGGUCGGAGAAGUGAGUGCGCCGGUGCAGUGCCAGGACGCGUGCAAAGAGUGCGACGGCUGUCGGCGAUGGUCCUUCACAGCUACGGAUGCGCCAGUUCCGACGGGGUACUGCCGCUUUGGCGGCCGCGGCGCCAUCUACGUGAAGGACACGGCGGGCAGCGUGAGCGGUCCCGUGGAGUGUGAGGACAAGAACACCUUCGGCUCCGUUCCCUGGAGGCCGCUCCCCGUGGCGGGUCUCUGCGCCGACAUGGGCAUCUUCCCGAAUGCCGGCACCGACACCAUCUGCAAGCAGGCCUGCCACGCGGACAAGGAGUGCAAGGCCGCCCAGAUGGUCUCCGGGACCUGCUACAUCGGCCUUGGGAAGAAGGACUGCAAGGGCGCGGAGGUGCAACUCUCGGAGCAGAAGAUGCGCUCCCCGAAGGAAGCCCAGCAAACGAAGUGCGAUGCUGCGAAAGGCAUUUCUGCGGCAGAGGGCGAAGCCUUGUCCGCCUGUGCGGGUGACACGGAUUGCCAGGCCCAGGCCUUGCAGGCAGCAGCAGAACGAGAGGGAAUCCAAGGAGAUGGCGUUGCAGGAGAAGUCCUCGCGCUGUCGCAAAGCAGCUACGUGAAGUUUGUCUGCGAAGUGAUGAGCAUGGAUCUCGACUGCCCGGAUAUCAAUGUUGGGGAGAAGGUGCCAAACUUCGAGGACUGCAAGUCAGACCCCAAAUCCAAGACGGCGCUCCUGCAAGCCUCCGCUUUCUCUGCUUUUCCCGGGAUGCGAAAGAUUGAGUUCAAGACCUGGCGGCCGGAGCUCAACCUUUCUUUCGAGAUGCUCGCGUCGAAUGCCCCUGAAGAGAUCGUCAAGGAGGAGUCCUGCACGAAGGCAUUCGGUGAUCAGUGGAUGUGUGAGAUGCAGGCGCUGGCCACAGGCGAGGGAGCUUCAACUGCUGAGCUGGCUCAGCUGUAUCAGAGCCGCCUCCACGAGUACUUCAUGUCAUCCCAGGUGGACAAGAUGCUGGCGAAGCAGGAGAAGAUGCAGGAGGACAUCUUGGAGACCCAGAACAUGGUGAACCAGCAGGCCGCCCAAACACGCCAGCAACUUGCAGACAUGGAGAAGAGGGACGCGAACCGAACCAAAGAGCAAACUCAGCAGCUCGUGGCGAAGAUCGACCAGGCGCAGAAGGAACAGAACGCUCGCCUGGCCUACAUGAUGCAAGCAUCCCAGUGCAAUGCGGAGUUGCAGACUGAGAAGAUGAAGGAGUUCGUCGGCGAGCAGAUGGCCCAGCUUCAAGAUGCCGUGCUGAGCGGCACCGGUGCACAAAUCGACGCUGCCGUGGACAAGCUAACCGAUGCCAUGAAUACGAACCGCUACAUCUUGGAAGACCUCAUCAAAUCCAGCACGGCAUCCACACAUGAUCUGAUUAAUGAGCGCUUUGGGGAGCUGAACACCAGGCUGGACGCAAUGGACGAGUCGCUGGACCAAGUGCAGGACCUGCUCCACGAAACGCUCAGCCGACUUGACAAGACGGACCAACGCAUCGCCGACCUUGCUGCCCAGAGCCAGAGGCAGUUCACCGACCUUCGCUCAGGCCAGCAGAAGCAGAUGAACGCGCUGCUGGCCGUCGUGCAGAAAUUGGACGUGAUCGAGGAGAAGGUGGACGACAUUCCCCGAACGGUCGUGGAGAUGAGGUUCCAAGAUUUCAUCUACGAGUUCGAGUCCAUCGUGCUGGAGAUGAACGGCUUCUUCCAGGACUUUAAUGCGAUUUCGCAGCAGAGGCAUCGGGAGCUGGCCAUCGUGAAGUCCUUGCAGCAAGCCUACCGAAGCUGUGGCGCGCCACUGCAUGCCGUGACGACUGCUAUGGCGAGGGUUGAGAACACCAGCAUGGCAGUUACAAGGCAACUGCAGCAUUCCUUCGCACACUCCGUUGAGAAGUUCUCUCAGAUAGCGGCGCUGGCAGUUGAGGGCAAGUUCACGCGGAUGCACUUUGACACCAUUGUCAUGACUGCAGCAAUCGUUGAGGACCAGAGCGCCAUGUAUGGCGGCUCGCGCGAAUCCUGCGCCCAGUCCUGUGGCAAGCGCAAGGUGAUGCAGAUCAGUCCAUGCAAGUGCUCCGAUGGCUCCUUUCCACAGCGGAGGGUCAUGGGCAAGUAUCUGUACACUACGGAGGCAGCCCAGAUCUUUCACUCGCUCUUGGAAGAUGCCCUUGACGGAGUUCCUUUGCAAUACACGAUCAGCCUCAUGAACUACUACUCACAGUUGAAGGUGUUGCUUUCCAAGUUCGCCUCGUGGGACAUGCUUGCUGAAGAGCGGUUUGUGCAGCAAAUGGAGAAGGCCUUCGAGAAGAUUGCCUUCGACUUUGAGUCCCUUCGUAGGCAUCAUGCCAUGAAGGAAACCGAUCAGCAGGUCGUCUUGGGUAGUUUGGAGCUGGCGACAGAGUUGCUUGAUAUUCUCGGUCCCCACUUCAGCCCAGCACCAGCCGAAUGCCAGAAGCCAGUGCUCCUGGAGCUGGGACAAGCGGACCUUUCUCGCUUGGUCUACUGGGGACCGGUCCCGCUGAAGUCACCCUCAGGUGCUUCACCAGCAUCACGCGUCGCUUCCUUGAUCAUGCGAAGGCCCUCCAAGCUCCUUCACACCCAGGCUCUGGCCUGGCUCCACGACUUUGACGCGACAGCUUGUUCGCAAAUCUCCUACCCCAACAUCAAGGACCUGAUGGAGAGCAGCUUCAUUUGCUGGACCGAAAAAGGCGGCAAAGUGAAGGUGCGCUCGCUUUGCGACCCUGCCGGCUUGGGAGAUGUCGUUGACACGAGUGCCUUGCGCUGGGUUGAGAAGGCGAAGAAGGAGUGGUUCAGGGACACGAAGAACAGCAAGCUGGUCACCCCCAUCGACGCCAUGCUGGUGCGGACCACUCCCUUGGAUGCAGACCUCUUCAGGUUCUGGGGGGCCGCAGUGGAGCAGCUUGCUGCAGGGCAUUGCGGGAACGGAAAGCUGGACAUGAUCGAGGAGUGUGAUUCUCCAGGCGAGGGCUGCAAGGACUGCCAGGUGGUCCCGGGCUACGACUGUCCUGUACCGGGCCGGCCGUGCGUGGCCAGGUGCGGCGACCACAAGCCGGUCAAGCACGAGGACUGUGAUGAGAACAACCUAUUCGAACACGACGGAUGCUCGCCAACCUGCCAGCUCGAGUAUUGCGGCCGCACACGCAUUAGCAAACCUGUGCGGGGAAGGACGCCCGACCUCAGCAUGGAGGACCUCUCGCUGUGCGGGACCCAGCUCCCGGACAGCAGCGCCAAGCUGGACUGCGGGGCCUACCAGGAGCUCACCUUUACCGGCUUCACGAAGAAAGGCCGCUGGGUCCGCCACGACGUGCGGCUCAAGAAGUCCGAGCUUGGAGAUGCGACGAAACCGAUGCCCACGACAGAACCAAUCCAUGGCAGCCCAUACAAGCUGUGGAGCGAUGGGCAAACAUUCUCUGUCACGUGUGCCGGAGCUGAUACGGCGACGGACUGCCUCUUCGUUGGCAUGGCGCUGAACAAAUCAUCAGAAUUUUUCGGAAAUCCUUGGCUUGUGCAGAGUCAUCACGGAGAAAAUAGCAGUCUGGACACCAUUGCGACAGUCUUGCACGUGUACGGCCGCAGCUUGCACCCCCUUGGACAAUCGGAUUUGGAGCAGUGCGACAGUGCCAGCACGAAGCUCGUCAUGCUCGAUUGUGGCGAUGGUCUCGUUACUGGAGAUGAGGAGUGUGACCCGCCUGGGAAGGGUUGUGAUGCCGAGUGCAAGAUCAUCGACGGCUGGAUGUGCGAGCCGAACCUCUGCCAGGAAAUCUGUGGAGAUGGCCGUGUCGUGGGCGACGAGGUCUGCGACGAUGGCAACUUGCUGGACGACGACUGGUGCGCCGCCGAUUGCAGAAGCGGCCGUUCGACGUGCCAUGAACUGCAAGAGGCCAAAGCAUCCGCGAUGCCGGCAGGCUGGUACCAGCUCAUGACGGGAAACGGUGCGUCGCAGGCUGUCUACUGCAAUCUUGCGGUGGAUGUCGGGAGUUGCCAGGCUCUUCUGAAGCGGGAGGCAGCAACAAAUGUGACGCUUCCCAGUGGCUGGUACUCGCUCUAUACCAGCACCAACACCUCCAUCGUGAGCGACGUCGCCGCAGCCGAGGACCAGGGCGUCGAGGUCGUCACUUCCACGGCUUUCGCUUCCGAGGCUUUCGCCAACGCUGCCUGGAAGCUCUCGGGGGCCGCGGCCCUGGCUUGGUCCUCAACGUCCCCUCCCAAAACGUGGCAUCUGAUGUCCGAGCUCAACGAUGGCGACGCUGCGACGGCUUGGGAGCCACAGAAGGAAAGCGGCGUGGACAUGGCGCUUCCGAGUGUCAGCCUCGUGCACGGCGUGAGCCUCACCGGCAAAUCCUUGAAAAGCGUCACCCUGGAGUUCGCCCACGCCACCACGAGCAAAGGCAAGACCGUCAAGACCUGGACCCGGCUGGCCACGGUUCCUUGGGCCGACUCGGUUGGUUUGGCUCAGCCGGUGACCCAACACUGGAGGCUCAAGGAGCCCGUGCGCACGGCGGAGCUGCGCCUCUCGGCGACAGGUCCGACACCUGCGUUCCAUGAAGUUCAGGUCUGGGCCAAGGUCUCCGAGCCCUGGAACAUCCUCAGCGAUGGCUUCACCACCAUGGCCUACUGUAGCUUCAACUACACCAACAGGAGCUAUGCAAGUGGCUUCACGGCUGGCGUCAUCACCCCCAAGACGCUGCCAAGCUCAGCGGAAGAGUACCGCAAGCUCUGUGCCGAGUCAGGGUAUCCCGAGGCCGGAGCUUUUGGGGGCGGCGAGUUCCCAGAGGUCCUUGCGAGCCAAGCGGCCUUCGUUGCGCAGCUGCCCGCAAACCACGUGGCAAAGGCCCCGGAUGCCUGGAUGGCUCUUCCCUUCUUCUGGGACAGCAAGGCGAAGCAAAUGCAGAGCAUCCGCUUAAACCUCCAAGCCGAGUGCUCGACGGCCACACAGCCCUUUUGCAAGGCCUCCGCGGCCUCCGCGGCCUCCGCGGCCUCCCCGUCGUCCUUGUCCUGCUUGUCCCUGGACUUCGCGGCAGCCGCCAAGGUGGCCGAAACGCCGGGACAGCGGUGGAUGUACAAGGUAUCCCCGGCCGGCUAUUGGCGUGCCCAGGCGACAAUCGAGUUCGUGGACCCCAAGGACGGCUCCUUCUGGUCGGGCCGCCUCAUGUCGAAGUUCAGCGCUUCCGGACAGAGGCUUUGGAAAACAGACAGGUACGCCGAAUCUUGCGACGGGUGCCCCUUCGUGUUUAAACAGUCCUUCGGCGACGAGAACAGCGGUGCGAUUUAUGUCCUCGGAGCUGCCGGGCCAUACAAGGGGAGCAACGGCGAAAAGCUUUGGCUAACAAAGUUCAGCGCCUCGGGCACCAUGGUUUGGUCCAAGGGCUUCGACUCGAAAGGUGGCGGCGACUACCGAAAACGCAGGGUGACCCCACAUGCGGCCGUGCUGGAUCCCAGCGGCGAUGUCAUCAUGGUCGGGGUCUGCCAGUCCGAAUGCUUCGGCAAAAACUUUGCGUGGAACGCCAAGAAAAAAGCUCACGCCUUCGUGGCCAAGGUCACAUCUUCCGGUGAAGUGGCCUGGGUCUCGCUGAUUCCACUCGAUACUGGACGACAUCCGUCGGAUGGCUUCGUCCGACUGUUGAUGGACAAGAGCGGCAAUGCGCUUUGGGUCUCUGAGUCGACUUGGAUGGUGAAGGUCUCUUCCGAUGGCAGCCGGAAGUGGACCCAGUUCAUUGAACAUCCACAUAGAAGGCUCGUGAGAUCAGCGGAGCUGGAUGCAGGAGGCAAGAACGUCUGGCUCUCUGUUAUGUCCCUGGGCAACCACCCGUUCAUGGGAAUGCACAGGAGCAACAGCCAACAUUACUUUGCUGAUGCGGUGGCGCUGAAGCUCGAUUGGGAAACUGGGAAGUUCGUUUCGAAAACCCUGAUCAGCUCUUCGGAUUCUGAUGAAGCGAGAGGUGCCACUUCGGACCGCAGUGGCAACUUCCUUGUGGCGGGGGACACGUAUGGGGCACUGGCGCCCGGUGGAAGGAAGAGCACGGGACGCCAAACCGAUGUCUUCGUGAGGAAGAUGGAUGGAAAUCUGCGCACCCUUUGGACGAAGCAAUGGGGACCGAGUUGCUUCAUGAGAACCAUGCUGCUGGAUGGGAACGACGACGUGGUCGUCGCCGGAAGCUGCAGCGGCUCGGCGUUUGGGCACACGAAUCACGGAAAUCUUGAUGUAUAUGUUGUCAAGCUCAGCAAGGACGACGGCAAGAUGCUGUGGUCAUACUGGUAUGGCACAAGUGCUCUUGACAGGCCCGCGGGCAUGAAGACUGACCGGGAUGGCAACGUCAUUGUGGCCGGAUAUUCCAAACCGCACGGUUUCACGUGGUGGGUGCUGAAGCUCGGGCCCACGGGCGAAAAGCUGUGGCUCAAGGAGUACCCGUCGCUAACACCGCUGACGAAUUGGAAUGGAGUGGGCACGCUCAUGCGCUUGGACGAGAACUCCAAUGCUUACUAUGUGGUGGGGCAGGACUUUCCCAAGUUCAACGUGGCCCACAUGUACAUGUUCGGGGGCGACGGCGGUCCCACGAGUGGCUCUGCAGCUCUACACUGGGGCAAAAAGGUGGCUUCGCUGCGAGGAGACUUGGAAGGCACGCAGGUGGACGAUGACAACACCUUGGACACCUUCGACUCGAAGAUCUUGAAGCCGCUGGGCCGCUGGUCCAUCUGGGCGACAUCGCUUCCAAAGCCCGGCCUGAAAGAGCGGGCGCUGCUGACCAAGACAAGCAGUUCAGGGGGCCCAGGCUCAGCGAGGUCGGCCGCGUUCAUCACCAAGGGCCAGGACGUGGGACUGCCAGCGGUUGCCCUGGAGAAGGUCAUGAGCUACGAGGGAGCCGGGAGUUCUGACAACGCCUCGAUCGCGCUCCACCCAGGAUGCAAGGACUCCGAGAAGAAGUACCUGGAGCUGGAGUUCGAGUGCCAUGCCAAGUCCGUGCUCCUGGUCGGCUACCUGCGUCAGAUGGGGUCGCAUUGCGGCGACGGCAUCGACAUCCACAUCUUCCAAGGCAGCAAUCAGGUCGCCUCCUCAUUGGCCUUCAACACGGACUCCCCCUUCCUGCUCCCCAAAAAAGGCCUGAAGCUGCAGAGAGGCGACAAGGCCUCCGUGCUCGUGGGGCCCGGCAGCUCCGGCUCCUGUGCCUGCGACCACGCCUCGCUUUCCCUCAUUGCCAAAGACGAAAGCGCGGAGGAAGGCUAG